CCUCCCCCCAGACGUGUCGCGUCCUGCUGGUCUUCCAGAUGGGCGCGCGCAGCCACUGGACCCUAGGGAGGGCGCUGGCGGCCGGGCUGGCUGCCCGCGGCCAUCACGUCACAGCCGUCACGCCCUUCUCGGAGCAAGGAUCAUCGGACAAUUGGACACACGUGCCGGUACCCAACACUAUGCAUCUCUUUGGAGAUACCAACAUGUUCUCACUCGGCGAACGUGGCGCAUUUGGACUGAUCAUGACUCUCUUCCGUUUCGGAGUGAGUUCGUGUGAAAUUUUCCUCCAGACAGAGAGCGUCCGGCGACUGUUCCUCGCCGAGCACAAGUUCGACGUCAUGAUCGUCGAAGAGUUCUUCAGCGAGUGCUUCCUGCCGCUGGCUCACAGGCUGCGGAUCCCCGUCAUCGGUGUGGCGACAAUAUCGCCGACCUCUUGGAUGGCGGAUAUCGUCGGCAGCCCCAGUCCGUACGCUUACGUUCCGGACACAUUCCUCUGGUACACGGACAGGAUGUCCUUCUUGCAGCGACUCCACAACGCGGCGUUUGCGACUCUGUCUAAAGUAGCUCGCGAGAUGUAUUACAAACCGGGAUUGGAAGCCGUUUUGCGGCAGUACCUGAACAACACGGCGCUGCCAAGCGUAUCGGACAUGGAGAAGAACACCUCCGUCCUACUUUCAAACACUCAUGUGAGCAUGUUUUUCCCGCGUCCCCUGUCGCCUAAUUUCAUCGAAAUCGGAGGGGUGCACAUAAGGCCUCCGCAAAAGCUUCCACAGUAUUUUCAGAAGCUCCUGGAUGAUGCAAGGGAUGGAGUAAUACUUUUCAGCCUUGGAUCUAAUCUUCGCAGCUCCGACAUGCCUGAAGCUAAAACAAAAGCAUUUUUCGAGACAUUUUCUAAAAUGAAACAAAUUAUUCUCUGGAAGUGGGAAACAGAUGAUCUGGAAGGAAAACCAGAAAACGUAAAAACUGAAAAAUGGCUGCCGCAGUCGGAUAUAAUGGCUCACGAUAGCGUGCGUCUGUUCAUCACGCACGGCGGCUUGUUGAGCAUGACAGAGGCCGUGCACCACGGGGUACCGCUGGUGGUGGUGCCGUUCUUUGGAGACCAGCACUUCAACGCCAGGCAAGCCGAGCGCCUCGGCUACGCCGUCAGGCUUGACUUCAGUAACGUCACAGCGGAGUCACUCACCUGGGCACUUACAGAAGUGCUUAAUAGCCCUAGCUACCGCAUAAGGGCCCGUGAGGUGUCUCGUAUCUUCCACGAUCGUCCUCGCGCGCCGCUGGAAGAGGCCGUUUGGUGGACGGAAUACGUUGUCAGGCACCGCGGAGCGACCGCCCUGCGCUCUGCCGGCCAGGACCUCAGCUGGUACCAGAUAAUGCUGCUAGAUGUCGUCGCUGCCGCGCUGACCGCGUUCUGCCUACCGUCGUUGGCAAUCUGGGCUGGUUUCAAAGCAUUGUCCGCAAAACGUGUAGUGAGUGACAUGAAAAAGAAUGAGUAACGGCAGCAGCAGUGUUGUAUUUGUAAUUUACACGACAAAACCUUUUCACAGGCUUGUAUGGUCGGUCUUGAACCCAAAUGCUUAAGCAGCCUGAACGUAAAUUGCCGACACAGUCUUAAUUCCGUAAAUGUAGUUCAAGAAAUAUGAGGACCUCCGUCGGAAACUUCGUCACCCUUGUCAUAGGAUUAAGAUAUGUUGAGAUAUCCAACCUUAUCCACAAUGUAUAUCUGGAAGAAACUCUUUGCCUAUAGUAAAUGAAGUUAUUGUUAGCAAUGUACAGCAAUAGAAAGCAACUGUUGGAUGCUGAGGGAGCCUUCCUUGAGGUCUAAAGACAUUUUAAAAUGCUUCUGACGACAGCGAGAAUUUAUUUAACUUUUUUCGCAUGUUCGUGUAGUUGUUUUAGAUUGUUCAUUGUUCUAAGUUUUUAGGAUGCUCUGCAUGAUGGAAACUUUUGAGACAGCCAGGACUCUGGUUAGCAAUAUUUGACAAAGAAUGAGCACAGAUAUUUUGGCCGUUAACUUGUUCCUGAACCAGAAAACACAUUGGUGAUAAUCUUACGAAAUUUUGUGUGUCAUUUAAAAAAUAUUUAGUCAAGAAUUUCAAAUCUGAAGAUCAACUUCCAAUGCCAACAGUGUCUGGGGUACCUCUUUGCCUAAGUUCCGAUCUAAAAUUUAAAUAUCUUUGAGAAAUAUUUGACUCAGGUCAGACAGAUAAAGGAGAUGAAGAUCGUGUGAUGAAUUUUGUAAUGUAAAGGAUAUUUAGAAGCAAGGGAUAUCCGUGGAAGGCAAUGGAAACAGAAAGUUUUAUGUUCUCUGUAUCCUGAGAGCCAAAAACGUUCAGGUUCUUAAUUUGAUGGCUGUAGUUACGUUUGUAUUAAACAUUCCUGUUUCAAAUGAUGAGUCAGACCUUUUUCUUCCCUAAUGAAUGCAAAUGGUCAGAAGUGUGCAACAGAUGUAGCAGCGGGUUUGUAGAAGCAGAACUGUAAGUAGCAGUGAAUUUUAACAGUAGAGAAUUCUUUAUAUACUUAUAUACCUUUAUAGUCGAAGCAAUAUUUGCAAAAAGAAGGAAAAUCUGUAAAA